GGCACUGUCUAGCAACCACAGUGCCUAACGCUCGUCUUUUCACCAGUUCUACUUCGCCUAGCGCUCGUCUUUUCACCAGUUCUACUUUGGUGCUGAAUCUCGGUCCAUCGAAAAAAGAAAGUUUAGUUCUUGGUUCCAUUCAACGUUGGUGUGCUUUUCUAGGAUCUUCAUACAACGCGAAAAGAUAGACGCAGCUCCGGGAAAAUUAAAGACCCUCUCAGAUUCUCAGAUAGCCAAUGUACAAGACAGUGUCCGUGAAUUAUGAGAUAGCGUCCAGCGAAGACGUCGUUGCUCACACAGUCAAGUCGUCCAGUAACACAAACGGCUCCCCACUCCACAAGAGUCGCCCUAGAACCUGAACAAGCAAUUCAUAGUGAGCUGAUCGUUAAGCUGGCACCUGAUUUCAGAGAGGACCUCGCCACCUCGACAGAACACAAUGGCCGAAGCGAAGGUACUGCCUGACCACUGGCUGGGGCACGUCAAAUCGGGUGAUAUCUACUUCAAGAACAAAAAUCACGUCAUAAAAAAACUCAAGAAGCACUACGCAGUUCUGUACAGCACCUCCAGCAACGGAGUCGCGCGCCUCGAGGUGUUCGACGGCAGGAAGAGCUUCGACAGUGGGUCGACCUAUUCCCUCCUGAUCCCCGGCUCCGAAGUCGUCUCCGUCAAGGAGAACCACAAGCCUACGAGUAACUCGUCGGAGGAGCAGUUCGGUUUCAUCAUCUCGACGAAGGAGACCCAACACCAGUUUUAUGCUUUGAACAAAGACGAUCGACUUGACUGGAUACAAAAGUUUGGAAACACCCUUUUCUCUCCGUCGAGUUCCCAGCCGCAGAGAACGACCGUUAUUUUCGAGAACGACGUCUACGAACCAGCAGACAAUUUCUUGAAGGAAUUCCUGGUGACCGCUGGAGCCAUAGUCCGCCAAAAGUUCGGCGUGGACGGAGAAGUCCGCCUCCACGUGGAGAGCGGAAUCAUCACUCUCAUCUCGUUAGAGGGGAACCGUAUCGGCAGGUGGGCAGUGGAGCACCUUCGGCGCUUCGGUUACACAGACACCGAUUUCCACCUGGAGGCGGGACGAAAGAGCGACCACGGCGAAGGGUGCUUCACCUUCCUAACCACCCAGGGAAAACAGAUUCAUGGUCUCGUGAAUAAGCAGAAGACUUUCGUCAAGGAAAAAGCCGGAAAACAACCUUCAUCACCUGGACUCAAGGUGGCCACCACCGCCGAAGAAUUUGAAAUUCCGCUGACCACGGGAGGCCAUGUUUAUGAAGAGGUUUCCAUCAAUAAUACUACGAACACGAGGUCGCCUCCUGCGAAGCCAGCCCGGGCCCACCAAGCAAGAGGAAGGCUUCCUACUGUUGGAAAACUGGUCGAAGAAGGGCCGACGCUGAACUCGCUACCAAAAGUGAAAUCACAGUCCACCAAAGCAACGGUGCAACGCCAGCCCGAUAGUCCGGGUCACUCAGCCACUCCCAGCCAGGCUGUAUAUUGCGAGACCGUCGAAUAUAAGGAUGCAUGGAAGACCUAUGGGAGGGAAACGGAACCGACUUACGAAAAUUUGAUUGCCAGUGGGGAUUACGACAAGCUGCAGUAUUUCAACCAAAUGUCUGAGAGGGCUGCCGAUGUAACACCCAGCAGAACAGCGUCUGGCAGCAAAACUCCAGAUCAGGACAAACGAGAACAGAAAAAUACUGUCGUCAACGACGUCACUCAAAGCGAACCGAUUUAUGCCGAGGUAUAUAAGCCGAAGAAGAAGGGCAACAAACGAGAGAAGCCAUCUGACAACGGCAUCGUCGUCAUCCCAGCUCCCGCGGAGAAGGACGAAGUCACCAGCAAACCCAUCGAACAGAUUUAUGCCACAGUUUGCAAGCAAAAUAAAAGCAAGAAACAGUAGGGAUGAUACAAGCAGUGAUGACGAGACCAUCGAACCGAAAAACAUUACAGUUGUUUGAAUUAGCUUACACAGCUACACUUUGCAACAGGCAAAGGGAGUAGCCAGGAUUGUGUGUGUGUGUGUGUGUGUUCGGUUAUGGUGUA